AUGCCUCGAACUCUUGCCCGGCUGCGGUACAAGCCGCCGCUACAGCCCAUCUCACUCGCCAGUCCCACCGCCGCCAGCCGCGUCACCCCUCAGCAUGUUGCGCAUAUGCAAAAGCAAAUAGCCGCAUAUGUUGAAAGGCAGUCAAAUCCGCAGCACCUCCGCCUCCAGACCGUCGUAAGCGAAAAGGCGAGACGACAAGCGACCGCUCAGCAUGUAAUCUCACCGGUCAAGCCCUACACUCUUCGUGACGUGGUGGACCCGGAAGGCACUGCCAAGCACGGCGAGAUCAUCUACAUUUUCCGCAACACCAAGUCGAAUCAAAUCAUCUACUCGCUGCAGGAACUAUUGGAUAACCACCACCUCGAACAACUUCCCUUCAUUGGCAAGCACUCGAAGCCGCCCGCCCUGCGUCCAGACGAAUGGGUACCCCACUGCGUCCUCACCUUUCCCACCCCCAGCCAAGGCCAGAAUGCCUUCCGCAAGCUACGCGAAUUCCGCAGACUGCACGAGACCGCCUGGGACAAGACGAACCCCGAGUUCAAGCGCAUGGACAAGAAGACAAGGGUCAAGAAGAUCAUGGACCAGCGCGCCAACACUAGCGCCGACUUGGCCGAGGUGCUACGGAUACAAGAGACGCAUGGAGCCAAGACGGCGGAAGAGCAGGCAGAGCAGGAGAAGAAGGUAUCGACUUUCCUCGACAAGCGGUGGGAGCAGAUUGACGCCCUGGCAAAUGCGGGGCUGGCCAAGGCGAAGCCCACGGAUAACAUCAAGUGGCUGCAGGGCCAAAUACGGUCCAUGGAUCACAAGCUGAAGAUGAAGCACCACCAGAACGAGGCCGAUCAGAAGAGCAUAAAGGCUGCCAAGGAGAGCCUCGAGACCCGCCUGGGGAAGCUGCAGUACGCUCUGCGAAAAGCGGAACAGUUCAAGAACCUACAAGAAGAUCUCACCAAGAGAGCGGCGCCCGCCAACGAGCUCGGUGCUGAGACGAAGUUGUAUGAACUGAAAGUCCAGGCCCGCGCCCUGCAGGAGGCGCUCGACAACCCCGAUCCUACACGUUCCGAGGCAGACCUUGAGCUUGAUCGCGAAAUCCUCGCGGGUCAUCGCGCAGAGAUCACCACCCUCGAGCAGGCUUUCGAAGCAAAAGCCCAGGCUGGAUCCCGCGACCACUACAUCGCCCGCUCCGUCCUGCCCAAAGCUCUCAAGACACCGCCCGUCAAGCCCUACACGCUGGAAGGUGUGAGCGUGAGGUGGGCCGACAUUCAAGACGCCCUCUACGCAGCCGGCAAGUGGCCCGCAGCCAUCGAACACGAGCCUCUGGAGAUCAACAAGGCGCGCGGCGAGACGUUGAUGCUUUCUGCCGAGGAGUACGAGGUUGAGAAGCAGAAUGAGGUUGGAAGAAUUAUGGAUACGCUGAAUCUGAGGGAGGGCGAGUAUCUGGAAGAGAAGGAUGGGCUGAAGAGCUCGUUUGAUAGCCCGGCACUGAAGAGUGGUAUUGCCAUGUCGAUACCGCGGGAUGCUUUCAAGAGCGCGACUGUGUAG